UGGGCGGCCAAACGUGGUAACGGUCUGCGAUAAUAGCGACUCGUUCCUUUGUGUUGCUAGGUGCCAGACAAUCUCGAAAGGGACGCCUCGUUCUAGAUCGAACAGUCCCCAGGCCAUGACUCGCUGCAAACCCUGCUGGCUCUGUCAGUGUCAUUGCUGCUCAGAAUCCUUGAGCAACAACCUGAAUACCAUGGGAGCAACAGUCAACUAUACUGAGCACUGAUCAGUGACAUUGGAUUGCCUGGCCUUGCAGCUUAUCGGCAUCCCUGGGCGUGGUUGAAACGUGGUUGAUCAAGCAACAAGAUGUCAGGAGGGGGCAAGGUCUCUUUCAAGGUCACUCUGACAAGUGAUCCCAAGCUACCGUACAAAGUGUUCAAUGUCCCAGAAGAGGCACCGUUUCUUGCUGUGCUAAAGUUUGCAGCCGAGGAGUUCAAAGUUCCUCCUCAGACGAGCGCGAUCAUUACAAACGACGGUGUUGGCAUCAGCCCACAGCAAAGUGCAGGCAACGUCUUUUUGAAAUACGGGUCAGAUCUACGAUUGAUUCCCCGUGACAGAGUUGGGUAGGAGGAAUUGUCUCACAAGCAGAUUCUUCGAUUGACAACUAGAAACGACCCGGCUACACUUGUAACAUACUCAUGAAGUCCAUUUGAGAUGGUGUUGCUUCAUUUCACCAUUGAUCCUGUUUGGCAUCUACCCCGUCAAUGGUUG